AUGUAGAUGUGUAAAUAAUAAAACGCGGUGAAGUGCUGUAGCAGAGAACUUUAAAGAAAUUUGUAGAAACAUAAACGUAUUACGAAGAGACAGUAGUGUUAAAUUCACGCUGUUUUUUGACGCAAAUACAUACAUCAAAAGAUAUCGAGGUUGUUAAAGUUCUAAAUACUCUUCAUACCGAUUUAGUUGAUGUUAAGAAUAAAAAAAAAUGAAUGGAUUCAGUACCGGUGAAGAAGAUUCCAGAGGAGCUGCUGAUCAAAUUUGUUGCCUUGUAGAUGAGGGUGAACGAUGUACUCGGCCAGCUGGCAACGCUUCUUAUAGUAAACGUAUUCAAAAAACUGUAACUCAGCGACGAUUAAAACUUAAUCUUGAUCAAGUGGCACGUCAUAUAUACAUUUGUGAUUACCAUAAACAAGUAAUACAAUGUGCAAGAUCUAAACAACAACAACAACGUAGACGCAAGGAUUCAGAGGAAGAUUCAGGUGAGACAGAUAAUGAUCUACCUGAAGUUGAUCUUUUUCAAUUACAAGUUGGCACAUUAAGACGGUAUAAAAGACAUUAUAAAGUUUCCACACGUCCAGGUUUAAAUAAAGCUCAAUUAGCUGAUACACUUAUGAAGCAUUUUAAAACCAUCCCUGUAAUUGAAAAAGAAGCAUUAAGUUUUUUUAUUUAUACAGUAAAAACUAAUGCCAAUAAAUUGGAUCAAAAAAAUGGUUUAAGUAAUGAUACAACAUAGCCUAGGCCUCAUUUCAGUUUUGUUAUUGUAAUAAUAUUUUAUUAGUAAGAUCAAAAAUAUAUAUAUAUGGAUUUUUACUUGUUAAUAGGAAUAGGUAUUUUAUAAGAACUAUGUAUAAAAUACAUUAAGAAAUAUAUAUAUAUAUAUAAUA